ACUUUCAAACCUCAAACAACCUUUCGAGAAAGUAAAAAAAGUCUGCCUUUCCAGUGUCUUAAACUCAUAGUCCCCACAAAGAUGUAAGUACAGGUGCACAAAAACACCCAGUCCUGGUUUUACAUGGCUGACGUUUGAGUACCACACCGUCGUUGCAGGUUCCGGCCGCUUGGAGGCGCCCUGCUCUUACUUUGAGCAUGCAGGGGAAGAAGUGGAGGCUGGGAAAGGAAAGUGGGCUUGAGAAGAAAUCUCUUCCCUGAACUGUUUACCCUGACGUCAGUUUGCAGAACUAGCUCUGCCCUGUCUCCCUCAGUGUCUGUGAAAGUCUUUUCAGUGAGAAUUGGGGGAGUAGAUGGGCUCGGCUCUACCUGCUCACGCGCCCGGACCUCACGGAGUGAAUGAAAUGAUUCCUUCUGCUCAUUUAAAGUGGACUAAAACAGCUACGCGAUGAACACCUGCGCCUUUCUGUUGAUUUUGACUGUUCAGAUCUACGCCGAUGGCAUUGAGGGGCCAACAGCGGCAGGCUGCACGUUUGAAGAGGAUUCAGACCCUAACCUGUGCGACUUUGCCCAGGGGGAGGAGGAUGACUUUGAUUGGCUGCUGUUUCGGACGUACAGCUCGCCUUACACCAACUCCGACCUCCUGCGGGGAUCCUAUAUGUUGGUGAACUCCUCCCAGCAUGCCGUGGGUCAUCGUGCUCAGCUGCUGCUGCAGACCCUGAGUGAAAAUGACACUCACUGCGUCCAGUUCAGCUACUUCCUGUACAGUCGGGAUGGCCACAGUCCAGGGGCCCUGAGGGCUUAUGUGCGAGUGAACGGAGGUCCGGUUGGCAGUCCGGUGUGGAACACGUCUGGGUCUCACGCUAAACAGUGGCACCAGGUGGAGCUGGCUGUCAGCACCUUCUGGCCCAAUGAAUACCAGGUGCUGAUUGAGGCAACAGUUUCCAGAGAGCGGCGCGGCUACAUUGCCCUAGAUGACAUCAUGGUGCUCAACUAUCCCUGCUAUAAAGCGCCGCACUUCUCGAGGCUCGGAGACGAGGAGGUCAACGCCGGGCAAAAUGCUACCUUCCAAUGUGUUGCUGCUGGAAGAGCUUCAGAGGCUGAGAAGUUCCUGCUGGAGAGACACAAUGGGGAGAUUUUAACAGCGGCGUCAGUCAAGCACUUGAGUCACUGGCGCUUUGUGGUAUCCUUCCAGCUAGACAGCGCCCAGAGAACAGACCAAGACCUUUACCGAUGUGUCACUCAGUCCCCCAGGGGCUCCGGGGUCUCAAACUUUGCUGAACUUGUAGUAAAAGUACCUCCAUCCCCCAUCGCGCCGCCCCAGCUGCUGCGUGCCGGCUCCACUUACCUGAUCAUCCAGCUCAACACCAACUCUAUCCUGGGAGAUGGCCCCAUUAUUAGGAAAGAGAUUGAGUACCGCGCCAGCCAGUCUCCCUGGUCAGAGGUGCAUGGAGUCAACAUGGUCACCUAUAAGCUGUGGCACCUGGAUCCAGACACGGAGUACCACAUCAGCGUGCUGCUGACUCGGCCUGGUGAGGGAGGAACUGGACCACCUGGACCCCCUCUUGUGAGCAGGACCAAGUGUGCAGAGCCAAUGCGAGCGUUGCGGGGCCUCACAGCGACAGACAUCCAGCCCAGGCAGUUGUCCCUGCAGUGGGAGAAUCUGGCGUUCAACCUGACACGCUGCCAUACCUACUCAGUGUCCCUAUGCUACCGCUACACCACAGCGGGAGGCGGUGGAGGCCACAACACCACGGUGCGGGAGUGCCUGGCAGUGGAACACAACGCCUCACGCUUCACGCUGCGUGAUCUGCCACCCUACCACGGCAUCCAUGUCCGUCUGUCACUGGCCAACCCGGAGGGGAAGAAGGAGGGCAGAGAGGUCACCUUCCAGACUGAGGAGGACAUCCCCGGAGGCAUUGCACCAGAGUCGCUCACCUUCACCCCGCUGGAUGACAUGAUCUUUCUGAAGUGGGAGGAGCCUGUUGAGCCGAAUGGCCUCAUAACCCAAUAUGAGAUCAGCUACCAGAGCAUUGAGUCAUCAGAUCCAGGCAUCAACGUCCCAGGACCGAGGAGAACUGUGUCCAAGCUGAAGAACGAGACUUACCACAUGUUCUCCAACCUCCACCCUGGGACAACAUACCUAAUCUCUGUUAGAGCUCGUACAGCUAAAGGCUUCGGUCAGACAGCCCUCACGGAAAUCACCACCAACAUUUCAGCUCCCACCUUUGAUUAUGGAGACAUGCCAUCCCCACUGAGUGAAACAGAGAGCACCAUUACUGUCUUGCUGCGCCCCGCCCAAGGCAGAGGGGCACCUGUCAGCACAUACCAGGUCGUGGUUGAAGAGGAGACGGGGAAGAAAGUGAAGAGGGAGCUGGGGCUUCAGGAGUGUUUCCCGCUGCCCAUGUCUCAUGGUGAGGCGCAAGCUCGAGGCACCCCGCACUACUACACAGCCGAGCUGCCGCCCAGCAGCCUCCCCGAGGCAAGUCCCUUCACUGUGGGUGACAAUCACACUUACAACGGCUACUGGAACAGCCCCCUGGACCCUCGCAAAAGCUACCUUGUCUACUUCCAAGCGAUGAGUAACUUCAGAGGGGAAUCCAGAAUAAACUGCAUCCGCAUCGCUCGCAAAGCGGCCUGCAAAGAUCACCGCAAGGCUCUGGAGGUGUCCCAACACUCCGAGGAGAUGGGUCUGAUUCUGGGGGUGUGUGCCGGAGGUCUGAUCGUCCUCAUCCUUCUGCUGGGUGCCGUCAUCAUCAUCAUUAAGAAAGGAAGGGACUACUACUCUUACUACCCGAAACAAGUGAACAUGAAUAAGACGCCUAUUACCUACCGGCAGGAGAAGAGCCAUUUGGGCUCCAUGGAGCGCAGUUUCACAGACCAGAGCACUCUACAGGAGGAUGAAAGAAUGGCUCUUUCCUUCAUGGAUGCACACACCUGUGGCACACGGGGUGACGCUCGUAGUUCUGUGAAUGAGGCCAGCAGCCUGCUAGGAGGCUCCCCUCGGCACCAGUGUGGACGUAAAGGCUCACCCUACCACACAGGGCAGCUUCACCCCGCUGUCCGCGUGGCUGACCUUCUCCAGCACAUCAAUCAGAUGAAGACCGCUGAGGGCUAUGGCUUUAAACAGGAGUAUGAGAGUUUCUUUGAUGGCUGGGACUGCACAAAGAAGGACAAAACCAAAGGAAGGAAUGACACCCUGUUGGGAUACGACCGCCACAGAGUCAAGCUCCACCCUCUCCUGGGAGACCCCAACUCGGACUACAUCAAUGCUAACUACAUUGACGGCUACCAUCGAUCCAACCACUUCAUCGCCACUCAGGGACCCAAGCAGGAGACUCUGUAUGAUUUCUGGAGGAUGGUGUGGCAGGAAAAUUGUUUCAGCAUCGUUAUGAUCACUAAGCUGGUGGAGGUUGGCAGGGUGAAAUGCUGUAAAUACUGGCCUGAUGACAGCGAGAUGUACGGUGACAUCAAAAUCACUCUGCUAAAGACAGAGACGCUGGCUGAAUACACAGUUCGCACCUUUGCCUUGGAGAGGAGAGGAUAUUCAACCAAGCACGAGGUGCGUCAGUUCCACUUUACAUCCUGGCCUGAGCACGGCGUGCCCUAUCAUGCCACGGGACUGUUGGCCUUUAUACGAAGAGUGAAAGCUUCCACACCUCCUGAUGCUGGCCCUGUUGUGGUCCACUGCAGUGUGGGGGCUGGACGUACUGGCUGCUACAUCGUGCUUGAUGUCAUGCUGGACAUGGCCGAAUGUGAGGGCGUGGUGGACAUCUACAACUGUGUGAAAACCCUUUGCUCUCGACGCAUCAACAUGAUCCAGACAGAGGAGCAGUACAUCUUCAUUCAUGAUGCCAUCCUGGAGGCCUGUCUGUGUGGGGAGACGGCCAUCUUGGUGAACGAGUUUGCGGUCACUUACAAAGAGAUGCUGCGAGUUGAUUCCCAGAGUAAUUCAUCUCAGCUACGGGAAGAGUUUCAGACGCUCAACUCCGUCACCCCACACCUGGAUGUGGAAGAGUGCAGCAUCGCUCUGUUGCCCAGAAACCGAGAGAAGAACCGCAGCAUGGAUGUUCUGCCGCCUGAUCGUGCCCUGGCCUUCCUGGUUACAACAGAAGGGGAAAGCAACAAUUACAUCAACGCCGCUCUCGCCGACAGCUUCCACCGGCAGGCUGCUUUCAUUGUGACCCCUCACCCUCUGCCCGGCACCACGGCCGACUUCUGGAGGCUAGUCUUUGACUAUGGCUGCACAGCUGUUGUCAUGCUCAACCAACUCAACCAGUCAAAUUCUGCCUGGCCGUGUGUUCAGUACUGGCCGGAGCCGGGUUUGCAGCAGUACGGGCCCAUGGAGGUGGAGUUUCUGUCCAUGUCAGCGGACGAGGAUGUCAUCACUCGUCUGUUCCGGGUCAAGAACGUAACAAGGCUCCAAGAGGGCCAGCUGGUGGUGUGUCAGUUCCAGUUCCUGCGUUGGUCGCCGUAUCGUGAUGUCCCCGACUCCAAGAAGGCUUUCCUCAACCUGCUGGCGCAAGUGCACAAGUGGCAGAGGGAGUGUGGAGAGGGACGCACUGUUGUCCACUGCCUUAACGGCGGUGGUCGCAGUGGCUCCCUCUGUGCCUGCAACAUUCUCCUGGAGAUGAUCCAGUACCAAAACAUGGUAGACAUCUUCUACGCUGUCAAAACUCUACGCAACUGCAAACCCAACAUGGUGGAGUCCCUGGACCAGUAUCGAUUCUGCUAUGACCUUGUCCUGGAGUACUUGGACUGCUUUGAUGAUAGAUAGCAACUAAAUGUUUACCACAGCCGCAGUAUCCCAACCGCUGGAGAUUUGAUUUUGAUACCACCCGGUGACCCCUCUGCUUUAAUGUUUGGACCUGUGGACUCUGCACAGAGAGGACUGCAAAGGAAGGAGAGAAAGAAGAAAACAUGGUCGUGGUUCUAACUUUUAACCUUUAAUGUACAGCCGUGAUUUCCUCUUCGUUGGUGAUGUUUAUCUUUUUUGAUUUUUUUUGUGCUUUUCUUGGUCCUCUUUGCCUCCAGAUUGCAGUUUUUUUGUGCUAGAGGCUUGGGUAGCAGCAAAACAAUAUUGCCAUCUACAAAAAGGACCUGUCUUCUCUGAAGAGGGGUCACCUCAGCUGUAUUUCAUCGUUUCACUUAAACAAAUAAGCGGCUGGAUGAAAUUUCAGACUUUAACAGGAUUUGAAGAAGGUGAAAGCAGUUUUCCUCUCUCUUAAGAGCUACAUACAACAGCAACCUGCUGAGGUUGUGGCAUGACUUAUCAACCAUACCAUAAACUGCCUUAUAUUUGAUGCUCGGACAGAUUUAUUCAAAGCACUGAAUAAAUCCAGAAGGUUGUCACACUGGUGUUCCAGCAGCAACAGGAGAUUUUAAGAGGAGACCUACAGGAUUAAGACAGAGCCCAGUCCUGAACAGAAACUGUAAAGUCGUGCGAUGUGUUGUAUUUUGCCAUAACGUCUGUGCUGGAUUACCACGUGUGCUAGAAGUGGAUGUUUCCUGGGACCACAUCUCCGGGCCCUUAGCCACCACGGGAGAUUCCUGUCUCAUUACUGUCACAGUGCCAAUCCCACUGACUGACUUGAAACCUCUCUUUACUUUGUUCUUGAUAUUUGCCUAGAAACAUCCAGUAUGUACCACCCUCUGAAGUGAUUGUUUGUAUUUCAUACCCGUUGUGAAGAAAGAAGGAGCAGGGAAAACUGUUGGAAAUACACACACUAAUAUGUGUGUGUGAAAUGAUGUUUUUUUAAUGCUGUGGUGAAGUGUCUAAAUUAGUGCUUUGUCACAGGUUUGUGUCCGUACCUUACUUUUAUUCUUUAUUGUCUGAGGCAUUUGGUCUCUCUGUAAAAUUUUCCACUCAAGAUCAGCCAGUUUGGAGCUAUCCUAAUCCUUUUAUGUAAGAAUUGUUUGUGCGUUAAAAAAAAAAACAAGGGGGCAUUAUGCAGAAGGAAAAAAGCUACUUGAGUCACCUCUCAUCAGUUAGAAAAUUUGUGUUUUCGCGUUAAUGAUUCUUUCCCACAUCCCUCAAAGGAAAAUGUUUAUUUCUUAUUUUUAAAUGAGAUUUACUAAAAACACAGUCUCCCACAGACUAUAUUGUUAAAAUAUUUAACUGACUGACUUCGUGGACCAAUUCCUGCAGCUCUUUUGUAGCUUUUAAAGCCAAUCCAAAAAUGUCAGACAGGUUAGCAUGUGUGCUACACAAAAUGAUCUUAGCUUUAAAAUCUCAUUCAGAAAGCCCAACUCAGACAGGAGACAGUUUUUUGUUUUGUUUUUUACUUCCAGAAGCAAGAAAAUAUAUAUCCUGCACUCCAUUAUAUCCUUUUAAAUAUGUUAUUCUCCACUCCGUCUCCUAGAACUCCUUUAGGUGCAGGUUUUUAAAGAGGGCGGCUCUUCAGGACCUGCCCUAAUAAACAAGGAGAGACACCCUGAAGCUCACAGACUCUGGGAAGAGGCAGCUAGUGAACUCUGUUGCCAGUUUGCAGCUCUCACUCUGGCUCAGGUGGAGGAAUAUGAGUUGAAUCUUAACAGUAUCCUGACAUCAGCAGGCUCCCACAGGUUCACCGAUGUAGAGCAGCUGGUUUCUGAUGAGGACGAAGUCACAGUAAAGCUAAAGAGUAGUCAGUGAUCGGACGCAGAGCCACUGGAGGAAGUGCCUGGACACUUUUUCUGGAGGGUUGGAAGGAUUGUGUACAUACAGAUGUAUAUUAUUUUCUGUGAAUACUUUGUGAAUAAUAUACUAUAUGUUUGCCGAGAGUAAAGACGUACAAUAAGAAACACUACAUAACCACCAAGGUGAAUGUGCUGUAAAUGAACAUUUUGUGAGUUUUAUUGCCAGAAAUUUUAACUGAGUAAAACAUGUCCGUCGAA